GCGGUGUCUCCGGAUCCUGUCGACCUUCAACACUAUUGAUUACCGGCCCUGUCACUUGACUUCACACAGUGGCUUACUGGAAUUUCCUUAUCUACACAAAGCCUGUGUCCGGCUACGCUAUGUUGAUGUUACCUUUAUUCUUCCCGGGAACUGCGAGCUCAGUAUCCAUGUCGGAUGCGUCCAGGCACAAUGACCACUAUACGCCUACCCAAACGCGGUCAUGUUCAGUGGACGGUAAUGAGGCUAGACCUCGAAAGAAGAGUCGAAUCAUUACAGAAGCACGAAAAGAGCAGAAUCGCGUUGCGCAGAAGGCGUUCAGGCAACGCCAGAAGGAGAAGAGACAGCAAUUGAAAGCCAGCCAACCAAAACAACCGUCUAUCACCAGUGACCAGCCCCGACUUGGCGCAAAAGGUACCCCUGCCGCCAACACAGGCAUCCCUGGUCGAGUCAAUGCUUCACCAGCGACCUCGUCUAGCGCAGCAUCCGUCGCCGCACCGAGCGGUGAGGGCGUUCUUGGACUGGCAACGUUCAUGAAUGUCGAGCCGUUACCGGCGGUGUCGUUGCGUCACGAAGGAUCAAGUGGUUUUCCGGCCCCAGCCCCAGCUUCAUGGGCCCAAGACAUGGUUGAGUUCGGCGAAGAGCCAUUUUUCUCCGCCAGCGACGACCGAACCGGUCAAGAAUCACCAGACGACUCAACGCCCAGCUCCUGGGACGAAGCUCAAACCGUGUUCCAGGCAAGCCCUGCUCUCGCAGAUCCUUGGUGCAACACAUUGGAAUUCCUACCGACUACCAUCUUUGGCGCGUGUCUUCACAAUGCCGCCGCUCUUGGCUGGGACGCAGAGCAACUAGCCACGUGCUCACCCCACGGAAUCUCACCAUUCUACCGACCUACGACGCCAGAAACAAAUCCUCAGACGCUCUUGGCCUCACUCACCAUCAACCUUCCUGGUCAAACGCCGCCCCAUCUUCGCCCAACCCUGACGCAGGUUCUCAUACCCCAUCAUCCGUCCCUGGACCUGAUCCCUCUGCCUCACCUGAGAGACAGGGCGAUCAUGCUCUCGGCUGCGAUGCCCUUGGUGUUCAAUCUUUGGGAGCUCAAGCUCGACAUCUACGUGAAAGGAGGCCUCGUGAUGUUGAAGACGACGAGGGGCAAAGACCACCGCGAGAGGACUUGUCGGCCCUGGGACAAAAGUAGCUGGAUCGCGGAGAGAUGGUUCCUGCGCAAGUGGACAAUGCUUGUAGACGAGGAACUAUUGAGCCUGGGCCGGACGGAGGGCAGGGUAACAGACGCUGUGGAGUGAGCAAUGCUUGGCCCAAGCUGCGGCCAACCUCGUGGCGCUCGUCACCUGGACAGUCUCCUCCCAACUCCAAGGCAUCCCAGGGAGGCGGACAGGCAAAAUUUAACCUCGUCAAUAAGCGUUCCUAAUUCACCCCCGCUUCUGCGAUAGCCGACGUUAUUUGUCAUACGGAUCGACAUCUUACAAGGCCGAAAGAGGCAGCUA